UUUGGGCUCUCAAACUUAAAUUAUGAGAGGUGAUAAAAAAAUAGCUCUCCAAUGUACUCUCGUUUGGGCUCUCAAAUUUUGACAUUCUCAAAUUUACUCUCAAAUGUAACACCUGCCAAAUUUUUUUUUUUUUUGGCAAUUCUCUCAUUUCUCUAUGCGACGCAAUUUCAUCUCUCUCUCCCUCAAUCCUAUCCGCCUCUCCUCUACCCUUCGUUGCAUUCAAUCUGUCCCUUUCGUUGCCCUGUCCUCUCUCUCUCCCUCUCAUCCGCAACGAAUCAGCAAUUAUCGACGGCGACCGGCACUUAAAGGUGACGAACACCGACCGGCUAAAGCUGGAUAUGGUGAUUCUGAGUGUGGAGUUCUGUUAUCUCAUUCGAAGAUCUUGAUAAAGGGAGGAACUGUUGUGAGUGCUCAUCAUCAAGAGAAAGGUCAAAGAUUUGUGCAUUUUUUGUGGAAAAAGAAAGGAAGGUAACUGAAUUUAGUUUCCUUUAUAAAAAGAUAGUAUUUAAUUUAGGCAAAUACAAUGGAAAGGUCCAUCUUACUUUAAUAAUUUUCAAACUGUAGAUGUUAAUUGCCUUGCCUUGGAAUAAUCUGAUGGUGUUAAUUGCCUUAAAAUAAUCUGAUUAAUUAAAUUGGAAUUUUCUAAGCACAUAGCCAAAGUAAGGGAUUGAUUUUUAGUUCAUGGCAAUUCUAAGCACAUAGCCAUAGAUCUUAAAACUGGGGAUCUUAAAACUGGGGAUGACAACAAAGAAUUGGUUAGUGUCCUCUUUUAAUGCCUGUAUUAAAUUGAAUAAGAUUAAAUUAUACUGAUUAAAUACAGUAUUGCUCUUACUCUUAUUGCCAUUACUUAAGUCAUUAACAAUCCACUCAUUAUGCAUUCACAAUUUUACAUUAUGUCCUGUUUUCUUUAUAUGUGGACAGAUUAUUGGGUUUUAUUCUUGAACUUAAAUUGUCCAUCUGAUUUUCUGACAUUUCUUUUUUCUUAAU